AUGAGAAAACUCCUGGUCGUCUUUGGUGCCACGGGAAAUCAAGGCGGGUCUGUCAUUGAAGAAGUCAUCAACGACCCGUUCCUCGUGAAUGAAUACAAAAUUCGGGCUGUUACUCGCGACACAUCCAAGUCAUCAGCGCAAGCUCUCCAGCAAACGGGCAAAGUGGAAGUCGUUCAGGGCGAUGCAGAUGAUGUCUCGUCUUUGAAGCGAAUCUUUGAAGGGGCUCACACGAUCUUCUUUCUCACAACCACCGUCUACGAUGAGUUUCUUGAGGAACGAGAACUUUCUCAAGGCAAGGGAAUCGCUAAUGCAGCUGUGGCUGCUGGAGCAAAAUACCUCAUAUUCAGCACCCUCUUCCACAUUACUCGAGUCUCCGGUGGUAAGUACUACAAGGGGCGCCAUUUCGACUGCAAAGCGGAGGUAGAGGACUACAUCAGAACAUUGCCUAUUAAAAGCGCAUUCUUCGCUCCUGGUUGUUUCAUGCAGAAUUUCGACUGGAACAUGAAGCCGCACCCUAUUGGCGAUGGCACCUACGCACUGCCCAAUAUUGUCGCUCCCUCUACAAAACUGCCGCUCAUCAAUAUUGAGGAGACUGGCAAAUUCGUUGCAGCCAUACUCGCCAACGCUAACGAUUUUGAAGGCAAGAUUCUUGCUGGUGCUACCCAGCUGUACACAAUGGAAGAAAUUGUCCGAAUUAUGAGUAAAAGCUCUGGGAAAACAGUAGUCUACAACCAGCUUCCAGAAAAAGUCUUCCGCAACUUUUUGCCAUCAUCAAUGGCGGAUUAUUUGGUUGAUAUGCUACUGUACAUUCAGGAUUUUGGAUAUUAUGGUCCGAAAACAAAGGAUUUGGUAGUAUGGACAGCAGCCAAUGCCCGCGGUAAGUUGACAAAUUUGGAGGAGUAUUUCACUGAGCAUCCAUUGAAGCUGGAAUAA